GUGAAUAUACUAACAUAGUACUUAGUAAAUCUACAAAAGAACAAUACAGCUAUCACUAGGAGAAAAAUACGGCUAUCAAUUGGAGAUCCAACCAGGUGUCAGUAGGCGAACAAUAUAGCUAUCAGUCGCAUAUCUAUACAGGUAAUAUCAUCGUAUUAAUAUGGUUGACGAGCCCAGGAAGCAUAGACAUUUGAGAGAUAGAUUACAUAGGAGGAAGGAUAAAGGACAGAUAUCUCCCAUACCCAUCAUUGAUACAAGUCAAGAUGGGAGUUUCUUCUCCAGCGUACCAAGCUUCAAAUCAAUUGAUAGCUUUCGACGUCAAAGUUCAUCUUCUCCACCGCCAAUCCCCGUUGCGAAGUCGUUCAAUGACAGCCGAUGGCAUCGCUCCAUGCUGUUCUUGCGCGCUGCCAAACGCGAAGAGCACAGACUGGCCAAGAUAGCGGUCAACAAGAACGGCAGCAGCAGAUGGGACGCUAAAGGGCAUAUGAAGGAAGACGCCAAGAAGCACACCGUGUUCGUUCGGUCGCAUGACGAGCUGUUUGCGCUGCGGCGGCAGGACUCGAAACUGAUGGAUAGACUACCCAGUUGGGAUGAAACACCACCGGACACCGGGGCACAGGACGACUCACAGAUGCUCAGGCAAGGCCACGAAACCACCGCCCAACUGGCAGGUGACUAUGACUUUGAUUUCCUACCCCCGAUACCUGCAGCCGUUUCUGCCAAAGAGAAAGCGACGCAAAAAAAGUCGAUUUCGUAACGGCAACAGUGUGCAUGUUUGAGAAACAACAUCCCAAUCCAACAUUAGUAAUAGCAUCCAUGGUGCAAUGUCUGCCCAUAAUGACCAAAUAAAAUCAAGUAACCCACCCGGUAACAUCCAC